AUUUAGACCCAAACCUUUUUCUUUAUUAUUUUAUUUUUGUUUCUCCUUCUUUUUCUUUUUCUUUUUUUUUCUAUUUCUUUAUAAUACUUGAAAAAGAAACAAUAAUGCGUUGGACUAGUCAUCACAAAGUGGAUCCUAAUGCAUCCCCUAGUUUAGAUGAUUUUCUUUUAUUAAAAGUGGUAGGAGAAGGAUCAUUUGGUCAAGUUAGAUUAGUUCAACAUAAGCGAACACGUCAAACAUUUGCCUUAAAAAUCAUGUCUAAAGAGAAAACAAUCCAACGUCGUGGCUGUCAUUAUAUUGUUGCCGAACGUCAAUUAUUAGAACGAUUAUCUUAUCCCUUGAUUGCUAAUUUAAGAUAUGCAUUUCAAGAUGAUGAUCAACUUUAUAUGGCGAUGGAUUAUAUGUCUGGAGGUGAUCUACGUCAAUGGUUAUUAAAAAACAAUCAUCAUCCUUUGAAAGAAUCUCACGUCCGUGCUGUCAUUGCUGAUGUUUGUCUAUCCACACAUUAUCUUCAUCAACAUCGUGUAUGUCAUCGAGAUAUCAAACCUGAAAACAUCUUGUUAGAUAACAAUGGUCAUGCUCAUUUAAGUGAUUUCAAUGUCGCCAUUACCUUUGAAACAAAUCAUCCCUUGCAAUGGUCCAAAGCUGGUUCUUUGGCUUACAUGGCCCCUGAAAUCAUUUCACAACAAGGUUACACCACCUCCAUCGAUUGGUGGAGUUUAGGGAUUGUUGCCUUUGAAUUAUUAUUUGGCACUCGUCCUUUUACGGCUCCAUCAAACGAAUUAUUAAUCAAAGCCAUCCUUUAUGAACCUUUGAUUUUCCCUGAUCAUGCUUAUGGUCAAGUAUCAAAUUCAUGUCUUCAUUUCAUAUCUGGUUUAUUACAAAAAUCAUCACAUCAACGACUUAAUAGUAAUGACGGUUCCAUUUUCAAUCACCCAUGGUUUGCUGGACUUGAUUGGCAUCAAUUAGAACAGAAAAAGGUAGCCUCGCCCAUGGUUGAUUUAAUCUCAUCAUCAUCAUCAUCAUCAUCAUCAUCAUCUACUUUAACAUCACCAUCAUCAUCUCCCAUUAGUAUUAAAAGAUAUUCUAGACCUAUUUCCAUGGAGAUUACCCAUAAUACAGCUCGACCCGUGACCGAAGAAGCUCAACAACGUGAAUGGUUGGAGGAACAAUACGCUAAUUUUGACUAUCUUAACAACAACAACAACAACAACAAUAUAAACAAUUCCCUUUUCAGGACGUUGUUUUGUUCUUGUUUCUGAUUUCUAUGCGCUCCGAUCAUCUUGAUUUGGUGUUUCCGUCGUGUACAACCAU